AUGGGAUUCCUCUCGACCAUCUUCACUUGGAUAUGGUUCCAACUCGACUUGAUCGUUCAUUCGGGAUUCCCAGUGUUCUUCUGGGUCCGACCCAAGUGGUCCAUAGACGAUAUACCGGAUCAAAGUGGUAAAGUGGUGUUAGUAACAGGAGGAAACAGUGGGACAGGCUAUGCCACGGCUCUGUCAUUUUACAAUGCAGGUGCGAAAGUGUAUAUAGCAUGUAGGAACGAGGAAUUAGCGAAGGAAGCGAUCGAAAAUAUCAAGAAAGGAGGCAUAAAUUCAUUAACUGGAUUUACUUACCCCAAAGACCAAUCUGGUCAAAGAAAAAAUGGGACAGUGAAGUUUAUCAAAUUGGAUUUAUCGGAUCUGCAAAGUGUUGAAGAGUGUGCCCAGGAACUCUUAAAGAAAGAGGAUAAAUUGGACGUGCUAUUCGCCAAUGCUGGUGUGAUGGCUUCUCCUGAGGGUUUAUACACCAAACAAGGAUACACUUUACAAUUCGGUACCAACGUCCUAGGCCACCACCGACUCAUCAAUCUACUCUUACCAUUACUUCUGUCUUCCCCUCCUGCCCACCCCAGCCGAGUCAUCCUAACGUCUUCAGCGGGACACGGCGGAGCACCAAAGGGAGGUGUGGAUUUCAAAUCGGUCGUUCGCGAUGCUUCCGAUCCAAUCAUCAAAGAUGGUCAGCAGCCUAGACAAGGUAAAAACGAGAAGAUGAGAUGGGUAGAGUAUGGUCAAUCCAAAUGGGGUGAUAUAGCUUUGGCGAAAUUCCUUCAUAAUACCUAUGGUAGGCAAGGUAGAUUGAUUAGUGUGGCUGUUCAUCCAGGUAUGGUCGCCACGAAUUUGUUUCGCAAUCUAUCUCUGACACCUCAUAUCAUCAAGUAUGCACCUUGGCUUGCCCCCGUCAUUACUCGCACUCCUGCUAUUGGCGCCGUCAACCAAGUAUGGGCAGCUACCAUCCCGGAAUACGAUGCGAGGUGGAUCAGCGGAGAAUACCUCGUACCAUACAGGAAAGUCGGUAUCGCCAGACCCGAUUUGCAAGAUGACAAGAAGAUCGAGGAGGUAUGGAACUGGUGUGAUGAGCAAGCUAAGAAGUGGGCAUGA